CCAGACGCAAAGGUGAAGUGCAGAUCGGUGGGCUCCACUUCAAACAUCUUGCAGACCACGACCAUGCUUGCAGGAGGUCUCUGCAACACUCUGCUGCAAUGAUCCCAUUUGACGCAGCAGAAAAGAAGGUUACAGGUGGGGCGUGGUUUGAUAUCUCACUGAAUUAUCUCAUAGCAGGCUCCAACAAACACCACAAAGACGCGUUUAGCAGUUAUUAUCGUAAGCAACAUUAAAAUGGACCAAAAGUGGAUUCAGAUUCUGGUGAUUCUGGUGUUUUGUCAAAGAAUUACUUCAGGAGCUGGUGAAGACAGAACUGUAAAGGAAGGGGAGCAGGUUGAAAUCAAAUGUAAGCCUCAGGAUACAAACGCCAUGGUUAUCUGGUUUCGAAUUCUGGACACAUCUGGCAUGGAAUUCAUUGCAUCUUUCAGCAACAGUGGUGAGCUAAAGUCACCCGCAGCGUCCUUUCCUUCUACCUUCAGUCAAUCAAAGAUUAAGCAACAUAUCCUAACACUGCAGUCAUUCAGCGAAUCUAGGGACAGCGGCGUUUACAGCUGUGCGUCUCUCAAAGCAAAUGAACUGAAAUUUGGUGAGGAAACCCAACUGGUUGGAGAAAAAGUUGAAGUCGCAGUAGAGGAAGCAUCAUGGGCUUCCACUGUCACCCCCGAACAAAAUCCAUGCACAACUGCUGCGCCAUGUGUCUGUAACAACAAUAGCAAGCAAGGGGAAACCAGUCCUCAAAUGUUUUGUACUCCAAUCAUACUGGGCCCACUGGCCGGCGGCUGUGGCCUUCUUCUUCUAAUCCUCAUCAUCAUCACCGUGUACUGCAACCGUAUAAGGACACGAAGAUGCCCACACCAUUACAAACGAAAACCACGAUUGGAAGCUCAUCAAAAACUUCAACACCUUUAAUCCAAAUGGUGUAGUUUCAUGGACACUUGGCAAUUAUAUUACAGGCUUAUGUUACUGUUGCAGAAAUCAUUUUUCAUCUUUUUCAAUUCAAUCACAUUUCUGGUGAACAUGUUGCUGCCAACUUAAAAA